ACUCCCUUCAACAAUUCACAAAGCACUCUUCCUGCAGUAUGGGAAAAAUUAAGCAGAAAGGGAAAACCGGAGCUGCUCGUGUGUAUAUCACGAGAAACCAAGCUUUAAAGAAGCUUCAGGUUACUCUAGCUGACUUUCGUCGCAUUUGCAUCUUAAAGGGUGUUUAUCCCCGCGAGCCCAAGAACAAGAAGAAAGCAAAUAAAGGCUCCACUGCUCCUGUUACCUUUUACUACAGUAAGGACAUUCAAUAUUUGCUUCAUGAACCAGUUGUCCAAAAGUUCCGUGAAUAUAAGACUUUCGUACGCAAGUUAAGUAAGGCAAUUGGUAAAGGUGAACUGGAUACUGCAAAGCGCCUUGAAAAUAAUAAGCCUGUUUAUCAUUUAGACCAUAUUAUCAAGGAGCGCUAUCCCACCUUCCACGACGCCAUUAAGGAUAUUGAUGAUGCUUUAAGUAUGCUGUUUCUUUUCUCUACCAUGCCAGUCACGGAUAAGAUCGGAGCAGCGACUGUAGCCAACUGCGAGCGUCUCUGUGCUGAAUUUCAACAAUAUGUAAUCCGUACCCAUAGUCUGCGUAAGACUUUCUUGUCUAUCAAGGGUAUUUACUAUCAGGCCGAUAUUUUUGGUGUUGAGGUUACCUGGAUUGUUCCUUACAAAUUCUCUCAGAACGUUCCUACUGAUGUAGAUUUCCGUAUCAUGCACACAUUUCUCGAGUUUUACCAAUCUUUAAUGGGAUUUGUAAACUUCAAGCUAUUCAACAGUAUUGGACUUCGUUAUCCACCUAAGCUGGAUGUUGCUAAGAGUGAGUCCGCUGCUGGUCUUGCUGCGUAUGACUUGGAAGAAUCAAAUUCUCUCCCUGCGAUAGCACACGGUGAUAACAAGCAAGCUCGUAAACGUAUUGCUAGCCUUGGUAACAAGAUUGGUGAUAUUGUUGAACGAGAUGCUAAAACGGAUGAGCGGCCAGAGCAAGAAUCUGCGGAGACAAAUGCUGCAGUCGACAAUGGAGAGGAUGACAAGUUGGAUGAAUUUAAAGCCAUCGACGAAGAUACUUCGGAAACUCCUUCCAAAGCCGAUGCUCAAGUUUCUUCCAUCGAUGCUUCGUUACUUGCUCCCUUUACAUUUUACCUCUCUCGUGAAGUUCCUCGGUUUUCUUUGGAGUUUGUUAUUCGUGCAUUUGGCGGAAAGGUUGCUUGGGACCCUGUGCUUGGUGGAGGAUCUCCAUAUGCUGAAUCUGAUCCAGUAAUUACUCACCAUAUCAGCGACCGUCCUCAUCUUGCACAAAAAUACGAAGGUCGUGUUUAUGUUCAACCCCAGUGGGUUUACGAUUCGGUGAACAAGGGUCGUCUGGAAAGAACUGAUCUUUAUGUUCCUGGUGCAACUCUUCCUCCCCAUCUUAGUCCCUUCGUCAAGCUUAGUGAAAAUGACUAUAAUCCUGAAGAAGAAGUAUCUGCAGACGAAGAAGAGGAAGAAGAAGAACAAGGUGUUGAUGAUAACGAAGAUAAGAAGGCAAUUGAGGAAGAAAAGAAGGUUGAAGAGCCUUCCGCUGACGUUGAGGAAGAUGAAACAGAAAAGGUCGAUCUUGAACAUCAAAGAGAGCUUGAAGCUGAGGCUGCUGGUAUUGAGUAUUCUGAAUACAUGAAGAAUAACAAGCCUACUAAGUCUAAGAAGCGUUCUAUUGACGCAAUGAGUGCCGACCAGAAGAGCGAGAAAGAGGCAAAGGAACUCUCUAAAAUGAUGAUGAGCAAUAAACAAAGAAAGCUUUAUAAUAAGCUGGAAAAUGCCAAUAUUAAAAAGGAGAACUACAACAAUAACCUUCGUAAUAAGAAGAAGGAAAUUCAAAAGAAUAAAAAGGCAAAGGCCAAUAAAUAGAGGGUUGGUUUUAAUUACGGUUCAUAGUAAUAUAUUUUGGAAACUUUUUGGGUUACGUGGAUGGACGUUGAUAUGCAUAUCUAAUACAUAGACUACUCUACAUUCUAUAAUUUUGCGACAAUGUAUUAUUCAGA